AUGAGGAGGAUAAAUAUAUUGGCUAGCAUACUUAAAUCUGGGGUAGUUACUGGAAUGAAGUCUUGGAAUGGGGGUUUAGAAAUUGCUAUUCGAAUUAAAAAUCUCAGGAAUGUUUAUGAGAAAAGGGGAAACGACAAUCCCUCACUAAAGAAUAUUCCAUCAUAAGGUAAAUUGAAGAAACUCCCAUAGCAGAAUAAGAGCUUAAUCAGGGCCACUAAAUCUAGAUGA